AUGCUAUAUGAAGACAAAAAGCGGUUCGAUUUCGAUAAUUCUCAAUCAAUGUCUGACGAUGAAUAUCGAACUUUGACAAGUCUUUCCAAAAGUCAAUUCGAUGAUCUUAUUGGACGAUUAUCACAAUCAAAUAUUCUUAAUUCGAGUAAUAGACCGAUUCGUACUGCCAUUGCCAUCUUGUUAUGCAAGCUUCGUCUUGGUUUGUCGAACCAAAUGCUCGAUCAUUUAAUAAUAACUUUUUCUUGCACUAGAAAUCACGAAACAAUGAAUUUCAAAGAAAAACAUUCAACCUUCACAAAAAACGUUCAUUGUUAAAACCAAUGAUGAUAGUGUCCACCACUCAGAGCUGGGCAACUCAAUUCAAAAAAUGCCCAACUCAACUCAACUCAACUCAAUUUCUGAGUUGAAAUGAAUCGAAUUGGACAUAUGCUUUUAGAGUUGAUGAAUUGUGUUGAAUUGAAUUGAGAGAAUGUUUUCUGAAUUGGUGAAUUGAAUUGAAUUGAGUUGGAAAAGAAAGUUAUAACCAAAGAAUUGAAAUGAAUUGAAUUGGAAAAAUUUUAGCGAAUUCGUUAAAUUGAAUUGAAUUGAGUUGAAAAUUUUUCUUCAAGAUUGAUGAGUUCAAUUCAAUUCAACUCAAAAAAACCUCGCAAAAUUUUUCUGUAUGAUUGAUUAAUAUAAUUAAAUUGGAAAUGGUCAGUGCAUGAUUAUGAUUUAGUUUUUAGUUGUUAUCCAAGUAUUUUGUUUUGAUGAGGCUGAUUUACUACACGUUUCAAUAUAUAUUUAUUUGUUUAUAUUUAUUUAUAUUUCUGUGGAAAUUCCUUAAGUUUACCGUUAUUUUCUUCUUUUAUCUGUUC